AUGCAGCGAGUGCGGGUUGAAGGAGUUGCGCAAGGACCUGUGCAAGUUCUUCCUGCAUCAGCUUCAGCAUCUGCGCCUGCAACGACCCUGCAGGACCCUCCACUUCCCGUCCGUUGGAGCCUGACCAAUCGCAUCUUCAAUCUCAAUCUCAAUCUCCGCGCCCUCUACACGGGCGGCACCACCGCCGAUACAACCACCACUACCACCGCUCCCAACUGUCCGCCUCGGCAACCUGCAUCUCGACUUUGGAAUCCCCUCAAUUCCUCUCCUCGAACUCCCGUCUUGCCCAACGUCCCGUUCCAACAUCCAGAGUUGGCCCGCCGUCGCGGCCUUCCGCCUUUAGACACCCGCGACGAAUAUCCUCUCCUCUCCCUGCCGGAGCAGCGACGCAGCCGACAGAGCCCUGCACCCUCGUCUCUCGUCGUCGAACGUUCCACGGGUGCCGACAGUAGUCGCACCAGCGUUGGCCUCCCCCGCGACCGCCGCAGCGUCCCCUUCGAUUUCUCCAAUCCGGGAACCCCUCGUGUCACAAUGCCUGCAGGAGUCCACAAUGACCCUGCAAAGGACCAGCAGCCACAGCAGCAGCACCUCAGCCCGACCGCCAUCACACAUGACCCAGAGAUGGGUCUCAAGCGCUCUCCGAGCCGCGCUUCUCUACCCAACUCAAUGAAUUCGCGCCGAUCAGACCUGCCAAACGGAGAAGGAAACGCUGACGACAACGAAUCUGAAUAUGCUUGGGGUCCUCAACACCCUUGCUUCCCUCAUCCCAAUUCACAUGUCCCCAAGAAGUCUCCCCUAUACGAGACCACACGCAUCAUUCGCAUAAAACGGGAUUGGAUGGUUCAGGGCGACCUAGCACCGACAUUUGCGAAUGUGUACCCCGAAAUCCUGGAAGGCACGCUCGCCGAAGAUGACUUUCGGGACGUCAUUCAGAAGAUUAACGAUGCUCUGAUUGACGCUUUCAACCCAUUCGGGUUCAGGGCGUGGCUGGACGCCAUAAUGGGCGUUGCUACGUUUUGGUUGUGGGAUGAUGCGGGCAUGACGAAGAUCAAGAAGGAUUUGGCGGAGCUGGAGAGGUGGAUUGAGGCUUGGAAUCAUAGAGUGGGAGAGAAGGAAGGUGUUUCGAUUGUGCCAUUGCGACGGACGGGUUAUCUUACGCUCGACAUACAGAUCCCCGAUCCCCACUUCGAAACGAAUACAGCUUCCCGACCCAACACUCAAGACGACGGGUUCGAAGAAGCCCCUCCGCAUGAGCCCUACGGCAUCUUCCAAAACUCCCCCGCUUUCCACGUCACACCGAACUCUCCUCCUCGAGCAUGA